AUGGAUAAUUAUGAAUAGGUUUUAAUAGUUAAUGCUAUUUAAUUAUAAUCUGUUCAAUCCUAAUUCGAAUCUAUUAAUUAAGAACUUGCUAAACUCAUUACAAAAGUAUCAAAAAUUUAUAAACUAGAAAAAAUAUAAAAAGCAAUAUGUCUUAUUGUCUAAAUUUUUUGAUCGCUAUGAUCAUUCUAAUCAGAUUCAUUUAAAUGAUAGAAUUCACUUUUAAAAUAUUCUUCUUAAUGCUUUAAAUAAAAUAUUUAAAAAAUGCAUCCUUAGAGACAUGUCGAGAAAAAAUAUUAUCGAUAUUAAAAUUUAGAAAUAGAAAAUAGUUAAAUAUUUAGAAAUAUAUCCAAUACUUAUAUCUAAAUUAACUUCUAAUUUAGACAUGAUUUAAAUCGAAACUAAACAUAGUUUAAGAGACCAAAUUAGAAAUUCCUUACUAAAAGAUUAAUUAUCAUACUAAAUUCAUAUCUAAAAUAAUAAUAAGCUUAAAUUAAAUUAAAUUAUCAAUAAUUUUUCUUUAUAAUAAGAAUAUGAUAUUUAUCUCCAUAAUAUUAUGAUGGCUUUUAGACUUCUAAGUUAUUAGGAUAUUAAAUAAGAAGAGAAAAUUAAAUUUGCUAAAUUAUCCUUUGAUAUCAGUAAAAUUUUACUUUCCGGAAAAGGAAAAAGAGCGUCUAAAUUAUCACAAUAUAUAUUAUGUUCGACUAAUUUAUUUGUUAAAUAUUUUGAAAAUGAUAAUUGUUUGACAAUUGAUAUCUUAGAAGAAAUUAAUUCCUCAAUUAUAAAUAAUUAUUUAGUAUAUUUAGUCUAGUAAAUUGAAGCAAAUAAUGAUUUUAAAAAGAAAUUAAAAUGUAAAUGGAAAUUUAUGAAAUUAUUAAAACCAUUAACUUGGUUUUGGAUGUAAUCUAUAUAUUAUUAUUAAUCUAUUUUUAAAUUUGAAAAGUGUUAAGCUAUAAUGACCUUACUUAAAUGGAUAAGUUUUUAUUAUAUUAUUCAAAAUGAUGAAUUAGCUAAUUAUUAUUAAAAUGUAUCAGCAUUAACAUUUUCUAAAUACAAAGAAUAUAUAAUAUUUAAUUAUGUAAUAGAAUCUGUUUGUUUAGAUGAUGAAGUUGGAAUGCCAAGAUUAAAAAAACUAAUGAAAGAAUAUUAAGAAUAAAAUCAAGAGAAAUAAAAAUAUAAGCAAUCAGUGAAUUAUUAUUAUAACGUGAAUGAUAAGAACACAUCUUUCUAGCCAUUAUUUUAUUAUCGUAGUCCUUAACAUAAAACUGAAAUUAUUAAAAAUCCUGAAAUGCCAAUUGUAGAAUUCCCUUUUGAAAAUAUAAGUUCGAUGGACACACGUUAAUCUAGUAAAACUUUGAAGUGUCCUAAACGAUUAAGUACAUCAUUUAAUGUGUAAAAAUCAUUUCGUAAAUCAAUUUCCUAAUUUUCCACAAGUUUUUCUGAAAAAAAAAAUUAAUUUUAAGAUUAAAAUGUAAAAUAAACAUAAUCAAACUAAUAUAAUAAUGUUCCUAUGCUUGAUAAAAUGAUUAAAAAAUUGAUAGAAGAUAAAAUAGUUUUAGAUAAUCUAGAGUAAAAUAUUAUAUUAUAAAAUUAGAGAUAAGAAAUCUUAGUCUUAGUAAUUAUUAAGUAAAGAGAAAUUGUAAUAAAAAGAAAAUGAUUUCUAUAAAAAGCUACUUAAAUACAAAACAUAAUUUUCUAAAUUUUAAUCACCUGUAAAAAUGAAAUCAAAUUAAGAAGUUUUUACAAAAUAAGAUUUAUAAAUGAGAGUUAUUGAAAGAUAAACAUUAGUUGAUUCAAAGAAAUCUAAAAGUUUUUCUAUUUAAACAAAAUAAAAUGAUUAAGAUACAUCAUUAUUAUCUUUCGAAAAGCCAGGCGUUAAAUUAGAUCCUCUUAAAAAAUUGAAAAAAAUAAUUUUUAAUCAUCCUGAAGUAUUUUAACUCUAAAAAUUAAGAAGCAAACUUAAAUCAAUAAAAAAAUGGUAUUAUAAAGCAAAUUAAACUCGAAUUUCAAAUGUAAGUAUGUAUUAGAAAAUGACAUCAGGAAGAUUAGUAAUGGUUCAAAAAUCAAAAGAUUAGAAAAUAGUAGAUCUAAAUUAAUUAAGAGAUAGAUCAUAAAAUUAAUUGAAAAAGAAGUUGAGUGAGACAUAAUUUGAAUUAGAAGCUGUAGAAAAAGAAAUGAGAAGCAAUAGUGUUAAUAUCAAGUAUUCUAAAUAGAAUGUGGAUUAACCCUUAUUCUUAGAUUACAAAUAUCAAGAUUUAAGUCGAUCAAUAAUAAAAUAUGAGAUGAGUAAAAAAUAAAUUUGA